AUGGUAGUGGCAGUGCCCCUUCUGAACGUUAGAGAAAGCCAUGGUCUGCAUCUGAGCCCGGUGUGGCUCUCCUCCUGGGGGACCUUUAUUUCACCGGCACUGGCCCCUCCCCUCUAUGCAAAGCAGGUGUCAGGCAGGACAAGGAGGACAGCCGCAGUACCUCACAAAGGGGGUGACAGGGGGCAGGAUGGGGGGGGGGGGGGGGGGGGGACUCUGAGGAGAAAGGAGCUGGAGCUGUCUGUCUGUCUGUCAUUAGUAUUCCAGCAGGAGGCUCUCGUCUUCAGCCCCAGACAUCUGAGCCCGAGCCGCCGCAGCCGAUAA